GAAAGCCACUGGGCCCGUCUACAGCCUGUACCUUGCCUCCAUUUCAGAUCCUCCAGAAAAUCUGAAAGUGAUGGUUUCCCAAGCAAAUAGGACAGUCCUGGCAAACCUCAGUAAUGGCACAUCCCUCCCAGUCCUGGAGGGCCAGAACCUACGCCUGGUCUGUGUCACCCGCAGCAAUCCCCCAGCCAGGCUGAGCUGGGCCCAGGAAAGACAGACCCUGAGCCCCACCCAGCCCUCAGACCCUGGGGUCCUGGAGCUGCCUCGGAUACAAAUGGAGCAUGAAGGAGAAUUCACCUGCCAGGCCCAGAACCCGCUGGGCUCCCAACACGUCUCUCUCAGCCUCUCUGUGCACUACCCCCCACAGCUGCUGGGCCCCUCCUGCUCCUGGGAGGCUGAGGGUCUACACUGCGGCUGCUCCUCCCGAGCCCAGCCACCCCCCUCCGUGCGCUGGCAGCUUGGGGAGGGGCUGCUGGAGGGGAACAGCAGCAACGCCUCCUUCAUGGUCACCUCCAGCUCAGCUGGGCCCUGGGCCAACAGCUCCCUGAGCCUCCACAGGGGGCUCAGCUCUGGCCUCAGGCUCAGCUGCGAGGCCUGGAAUGUCCACGGGGCCCAGAGCAUCAUAGUCCUGCUGCUGCCAG